GCCUGUUUAGCAUUGAAACCGCCACCGCCCCGCCCCGCCCCGCCCCGCCCCGUCAAAAAUAUGUUUUAAAAAACUAUUUAUUGACAAAUUUUUCAUUAAAUUUUCAUAAUGGCUAUUUCAUUUCAUGAGAUGAAGAGGCAUAUUUUAAAUCCAUAAACAUCGUUCCGAAAUAGAAAAAAAUAAAUAUAUGAAAAUGAAAGGCAAUUAUAAUACAGUCACUCAUUUUGUGGAACUCACGUAUAUUUUCGAAUAAAACAGUGAUUGUAAGUUUUAAGUUCGAGGUUUGGCGGCUCUCUCCCUUCCCCCACUCCAUUACAGACACCCCACUCAGGGUUGCCAGAUCUUCCAAUACGGCAGGAAAAAUUGCGAUUUUUUGAAAGUUUCUCCAACGACGUUCCGAUUUUUCCGAUCGCCUUCAGAUUUUCUAAUUUUUCUCCGGUUUUCGAAGUCUUAUUUGGGAAUUCAAGUUCUUAGGACAUUCUAGAAUAGUUUAACCAUGACACGAUACCACACAUAUAUAGCGAUCUAUUUCACCAUAGUUAUCGGGUAGUGAAGCGUCAUGAACUCAACAAACCACACUGCAGUGAUUUGAAAGCAUAUCCUUCAAUAAAACUAUGAUGUUUUACAGACAAUUAAGAUCCAGUGUUCUAUCACGAUGAACUAACUUUCUCUGUUCCUUUACUAUAGUGUUAAUUAAGAAUAUUUUCGUUUCUGAGCUUUUUUUGUUUCAUCACAGAUAUCAUAAAACUAAUCAUAAUCGUAUGGGUACUAAUUUAGCUGUUGCAGAAUUGAAAAUCGGAAUGAGUUCUGUUUAUACUUGUGGACAUUUUUAUGAAUAUCUGUUACCUCAACCUGAUAUUUUGAAGAGUAUUCGAGCUAAUAAAAAAGUAUGA